AUGACGGCCACAGCCAGCGCCAGCGGCAGCCAGAAGCUGCCCAGCACCAAGGAGGAGAGGAAGUUAAGGAAGCCUCUCAUUGAGAGGAAGCGAAGGGAAAGGAUCAAUAACUGCUUGGACCAGCUGAAGGAGACAGUCGUGGGCGCCUUCCACUUGGAUCAGUCUAAACUGGAAAAAGCAGACAUCCUCGAAAUGACAGUGAAGCACCUCCAGAACAUCCAGAGCAGCAAGCUGAUGGCUGACUCCAAAGUGGGCCUGGAAGCCCAGCAGAGGUACAGCACCGGGUACAUUCAGUGCAUGCACGAGGUGCACAACCUCCUCCUCACCUGCGAGUGGAUGGACAAGACCCUCGGGGCACGCCUGCUCAACCACCUGCUGAAAUCCUUACCCAGGUCUGGCGAAGACACCACCAAAGCGGCAUCAAGGUCUUCGAGCCCAUCUCAGCAGCCUCUCGUGACCCCCAAAAGGCCACUGAGCCCUAAGGGGAGCACUCGGAGCACAAACCCCUCCCAGGAGCGCUCCUACCCCGCGGAGAACAAGCAGGCUUCAAAAAAUUCCUUCCAGCUGCCGCCGCUCUCUGUUUUCAGCCAGGCUGACGCUGCGCCUGCCAGACAGGUCCUGCAGCCAAAUUUUUCCCAUAACAACGCUAGAAUGGGCUCAUUAGAUAUGUGGAGACCGUGGUAAAGUGUGUUUUAAAAUGUUUACCCUAACCUUAGACACUCUUACGUAUGUAUCUUAUAGAUAUGUU